UAAUAUAUGUUCAAGAUGAUCGAUGAAAAUGUUUAAGUUUUUUAAGUGACUACUUCUUUUAGCGGGGUAUGGAUGUUCGUUUUACCCGGGGAAAAAACUUCCAUUGCACGUCACCGAACGUUAGAGUCCGCGCAACGAAAACUGGCUGGUGACCGACGUGACUCUAGCGAAUAUUUCCUAUCAUUGGUCAUUAUAGAUAAUAGAAUCUUCUAUUAUCUAUGGUAGUUAACAAAAAAGACAUGCCGGUGCUGUAGCGCGGAGUGGGAGUGAAAGGUGAACGGAGAGGCAGAGAGAGAGAAUGAGAAACGCACACGCAUGCAUAAUAUAUUAUAUCUAAUAGUAAUAAUAUAUUGUACCUAAUAGUAAUUAAUAAAUGAUUAGUUAUUUAUAAAUAAUAAUAAUGAAUCAUCUACGAUUUACCUACGAUCACAAGCGUUGUGCGUUUGCGUGUUAACCAUAGACUAAUACAUAUUACCAUAUUACUCUAUGGUAGUGUUACCGCGGUAUAUUUUAAUCUAGAAAUGUAUAAUCAUCAAUCGGGCUAUGAAAAUCGUAUCUAUGGAGAAGAAAACAAUCAUUCAUCAAUAACAAACACGUCGACCCUGACGCUAAAAACAAAUACAUCUUUGACGCCACAUCCCUAGUGUUUUUUUUUGUAGUAUAGUGGUUAUCGAUUCAAUAUGUUUACAUACUUCAUAGCCGGUGUGCCCAAAUGUCAGGACUUCGGUCACGCCAAGCACGUCGCCGAGAAAUUAAGACAAACACUUCCCACUUUCUCGUAUAAAGUCAUAGUAAAAACUGAAGAAGAAUAUCGAGAUUGGAUGAAGAAAUUCUGCAACGAACAAAAAUGGAGGAUCGAUAAAAAUCCGUUAGUCUGGAAAACUAUACUGAACUCGGACGGUUCCUGUCAAUUGAUCGGUGGCAUAAAUGAAUUUUUUGAACAUCUCAUAGAAUAUUACAACGUCGACACGCGUUUGGACAAACGAAUAAAAAAACAAAUAGCGCUGGAUAACGUAGAGAGACUGCAAUUUAUGUUGACCGAGCAAGUACCCGUGUUCCGAGCUCCAGCGACAAGAGUGUGCAUAACCGGCGCAGUUUAUCCGUCUACCUGUUACCUGGUUUCUGAGCUGUUGCAGUUGAAAGAACUCCAAGCCAAAGGCGGCGGUGGUGUAACGGUGUGCUUACAUCAUGAAGACUCGAAUAAAUACGGAGAUCUGAUAAGAAUUAAACACGAAAUUUGCGACGCCGAAUUUAAUAUUCGCGGUUGCAGCUCGAUAACGGUGGUCAACGGCGAGGAAGAAGGGUUGCUGAACUGCGAUUUGUUCAUCGUGCUUGGCAGCAUGAGAAGGGAAGAAAAUGAAGAAGAACAUCUAUGGAUGGACCGAAAUUACAUCGCAAUGAAGAGAUUGGCUUCAAUCCUCAAUCGCUACUGUCCCGAGCGCUGCAAGGUGCUGCUGAUGGGCAUGGAUCUAUUAUGUUUCAACCUAAGCGUUUUGGCUGAAAAAGCCGACAAAGUUUAUUUGUACAACAUCAUUGGUGUAACCGGUCACCACGGUAUGGUGACGUUACCAACCAUUUCUCGGGCGACGGGCAUCCGGAUCCCGGACCUCCACUGUCCACCGGUUUGGGGUUUCGACGGCUCGGCGAAAUAUGUCGACUUCAAACACGUGAUCUAUCAUUAUGGUGGGUCGGCCACGGACAACCCUGGUUGCGAGGACGCGGCCACUGCGGUCGAAGAUUAUUCAGCAGAUCGAAACAAGCACAAAUACUUGCAGAGUGUACUAUUGCAGUCGGAGAGUCUGGUGGGCGGCGACGGCGAACACGUUGCAGUGAGCACUAACAUCGAUCUUGGGCAGUUGGACACUUGGCCCCUCGGAUUUACUUGAAAAAUGAAUAAAAAUUCACAUUUUAUCAAUUCAUAAUUUAUGUAUUAUUUUUAUCGUUUUAGUAGAAAGUUGAGUAAAUCAUAUUUUAUUAUGUGCGACGUACCAUACCCGGUAACUAUACCAUCAUUGCGCUGAUAAAAUUAUAUUUUAUUUAAAAAUAAGUUGUAUCGCUAAAUAAUAAUAUGGGUCUAUUGUAUAAUAUAGUAAUAAUAACAUAGUAUACAAAAAUACAAAAUUGUGUAUGCCGAUUGCGACGUGCGUUCGUUCACAGAACUAAUGAAACUAUUUAUAAAUAAUCCGACGUAAAUCUAUAGCCCGUAUGACUAAUAAGUCUAUGG